GUCCUCCGUCCUGUCAGCGGCCGGGUGUCACACCGCCGGUGGUACACUGUGGAGCGGCUUCCUCGGAACAUGAAGCCUUGGCCAGCUGGAUGAACAUCUAAAAUAAAAUAUAAAAUCCUGGUGAUAAUGAGUUGGAUCGUCAGAGGGAUAUCAGAGGACAUGCACCGACAAAUUGUACAAGCUGUAUUUGACGAGGACACAAUGUCCUCUACAUCCGUGGGAAUGUCUGAUCUGUCCGAUGAGAUCCUGCUUUGCAUCCUCCGCCAUGUUCCAGUGUGUGACCUGGUGAAGAAUGUGGCCAAUGUCUGCCACAAGUUACACACACUGUGCCAUGAUAAGAGCCUGCUCACAAAUGUCAGCCUGUCUGAGGAGUAUCUGGCGGACGAUCUUUCAGUCCGGUACGUAUUGAAACAGCUAGCCAAUCACAUGCAGUCCCUCAGCUUGAAUGGCUGCUACUGGCUGUCCGGCUCUACGAUGGAGCUUCUGGCUCGCUGCAGAGGAGUGACACACCUAGAUGUCACCGGCUGUCGCAUCACUUCCCUGCGUCUCUCCCGUCUCCUCUCCUCCCUUUCUCUGCUAAGAUCACUUGCUUUUGAUGUGACGCCAGGCUUCAACUCUGCUCAGCUCAGUUCAGAGGCAGUGGAUUCUCUGAGCCGCCUGUCGGAGCUCAGACAGACACUGUUGACACCGAGUUAUGGUGUGGUGCCAUGCUGCGCCCAACUACGCAAGCUGAUGCUUCAGUUUGACAUCUCAGACGUGACUAGAGAGGGUAUUGGUGUUUGCUGUCAGUUGAUGAUGGGUCAGAGCAGUGUGCCACAUUACCAACAGCUGGAGGAGUUCACUGCCAGGCUGGCUCCAGGAGAGGUUAACCAGACGUUGCUCCUGCUCUACCUGGCUGUGUUCAGCGUUCACGUUCCAAAACGUCUCAGAGUUUUCCUUGUGUCGAUUCCCGGUCCAAACCCCGCUCACUGGCCUGCUGCUCCUUCACUGGCUCAGAGCCUGGGGCAGGGAGGCGAACUGGAGGCCCUGCAGCUCCCUCGCUCCUGGCUGGAUUCCUUGUCCCUGAGGCGAGCCCUGGAGGGAAACAGCCCAAAGCACCUGAGCUUCAGCCGCUGCCCAGCGCUGUGGACGCAGGUGUUCCAGUCACUGCUUGAGGGAGGAGUCAGAGAUGCCAAGCAGCUGACCAGCCUGAACCUCAGCGGGAUCAACAAGGUCCUUUACUCAGAGUGCAGGAGUGUGGAGGAUCAGCUGGUUCCUUCAACUAUGAGCCGGCUGGCAGCUGGCUGUUCUAACAUUAAACACCUUAACCUGAUGCACACACACUAUCAUCACGAGAGCUCACCUGGGCAGGGUGGAGAAACACACCUGUGUGCCAGCUUGGCUAAACUAGCACAUCUGCGCUCUCUCACACUGCCUGCCUGCGCUCUGUCAGAUGGCUUAAACACACAUCAAGUCUCUUUAAACAACACUCCCUCCCCUUUGUUCCUGGGGUUAAAGAAGAAUCCACGGGUGGGGCUCCAGAACUACAGGCCUGAUUUAGAGUCCUCUCUUUCAGAGAACAGCACCUCAGGGCUUUCUCUGCUCUUAGCUGGCUGCCCUUUUCUAGAAACCUUAGAGCUCAUUGGUCCUGGUUUUGUCUCCGCGUUGCCUCGGCUGGAGCCCUGCACUCGUGCCAGUGUGGAGCCUCGCGGCAUGUGUGAGUGGGCUCGAGGAGUUGGCGAUGCACACUUAGCAGCACUUGAGGCUUUGCCUAGAUUGCGUCGUCUGAGUCUGGUGGGGCUUCCUGGGGUCCUGAAAGGGACAGGGCUGGUACAGCUGACCCGGCAGUGCAGAGACCUACGGGUUUUAUCCCUCGCCAACAUGGGAUCACUAAAGACCAUGAACUACUGCCCUGCCUUGCUGGAUUCACUUAAACAGUGCACACAGCUACAGGAACUCAGGUUAGAGCAGCCCUACCUGAAUGCCAACGAGUCAUUCUUUGAGGCUCUGUCCUGCUGCUCUCGUCUGCAGCGUCUCUGCCUUAUCUCACGCAGCGGAACCUUUGACCCAUUGGCAGUGGAAACCUUCAUGGAGCGAUGCUCCCACGUCAUCAUGUGCCAUAUGUUCAUGGGCGGCACCUUGGUGGCAUGUCGCACACUGCAGAAAGUUCUGCUGAACAGAUUUUCAGUGGAGCGUUCGGCCCUGAGUGUGGUCAUCUAUCCAUUACAGCAUGAGGACCUGACUUCAGUCAUCAGAGAUAUCCCACUCACACUGCUGGACAGGAUCACUUUGUUCCAGAGCCACGUGGCCCAACCACCACAUCUAUCACCAUUGUGACAUCUCCAGAAAGCUUCAGUGUGAUUGGUGCUCAAGAGCUCAGACCACUUCAAUUCUGCAGGAAAAAAGUUCAGCAAUCGAAAGACUGUUGCCUGUUGUCUGCACAGUCAUGCUAGAUUCUGUGACUUGUUACAUAAAUAACUGUUUCCGGCUCCGCUACAACAAAUCAUCAACUGUAAUCGUUUACACUUACAUGACAGAGUAAAGAUGGUCUGUGCAGAGAAAUUUGCUUUGCAGGGAGUUUCAGUUUAUUGUUCCCAGACAUGUAACACUUAGUGCCAUUGUCUCAUUUAAAAAUAAUGUCUGUAACUACACCACUCUGCUACUUUGAAAAUAAGUGCCAAAAAUAUAAAUGAAGGGAUGUAUUUCUUCAGAUACUUUUACAGGAGAUCUGAACCGAAUUAUGUUGUAAUAAACUCCAUUUAAAUUAUUUGUAA